AUGGCUUUUCGGGUUUUAGAACUAUUCAGCGGUAUUGGCGGCAUGCAUUAUGCAUUUAAAUAUGCGCAACUGGAAGGUGAAAUAGUGGCCGCCUUGGAUGUCAACACGGUGGCCAAUGCGGUUUAUUCGCAUAAUUACGGCAGUAAUGUCGUAAAGACGAGGAAUAUCCAGAGUCUGAGCGUAAAGGAGGUCGGGAAGCUGCGGGCCAACGUGCUAUUGAUGUCCCCGCCCUGCCAGCCGCACACCCGCCAGGGAUUGCAAAGGGACACGGAGGACAAGCGAUCCGACGCACUUACUCACCUUUGUGGCCUCAUUCCGGAGUGCCAGGACCUCCGGUUCAUCCUCAUGGAGAACGUCAAGGGAUUCGAGAGCUCGCAGGCGAGAAAUCAGUUCAUUGAGGCGCUGGAGAAGUCGGGAUUCCAUUGGCGGGAGUUUAUACUCACGCCCACGCAAUUUAAUGUUCCAAAUACCCGAUAUCGAUACUAUUGCAUUGCCCGCAAAGAUCAGGACUUUCCAUUUCCGGGCGGAAAAAUCUGGGAGGAAAUGCCGGGAAGCAAAGCCCAGGAUCAAAAGCUUUCACAAAUCUCCGAGAUUCUAGAGGAAAAUGUAUCCCCCGGAUUUCUAGUGCCCGAUGAUGUCUUAACCAAAAGGGUUCUGGUCAUGGACAUAAUUCAUCCCACGCAAAGCAGAUCCAUGUGCUUCACCAAGGGCUACACCCACUACACCGAGGGCACCGGAUCUGCAUUUACACCGCUCUCGGAAUCGGAAUCCCAUAGGAUCUUCGAGUUGGUCAGGGAAAUCGACGAAAACAAUCAGGAUGCUGUGAAAUCGGAGGAAGUCCUGCAGCAACGCUUGGAUCUUCUGCAUCAAGUUAAACUAAGAUAUUUCACACCUCGCGAAGUGGCUCGUCUAAUGAGUUUUCCAGAGGAUUUCGACUUUCCCGCAGAGACAACGAACCGCCAAAAAUACCGCCUGCUGGGCAAUAGCAUUAAUGUUAAGGUUGUGGGCGAACUUAUUAAAUUGCUGACGGAUAAAUAA